AUGGCGCCGGCCUUCUUUCAAAGCUGGAAAUCAAGCAGCUCUUCCCAACCAUCUCCCGGGUCUCAAUAUACCUCUCCCUUCCAUAGCCCACACGAUGAGUCUCCCAGCGCCUAUCCGGGAGCAAAAGCAGAGCAAUUGCUCGGAGGCCCCGAAACGGGCAUCAGUGGUAUGAACAAGAAAGAUAAGCGGAAAGAGAAGAAGACCAUCCGCAAAUCACCAAGUUACCGAGCUUUCUCUGGGGCUGAUACUGGGAGAGAGACUGGUCAACCAGACGGAAAUUAUCUAUUUAAAGGCAUGAACUCAUUCAACGAAAGCCCGAAGCUGCGUGAACCUGAUUUGAGGAGACAAGGCAGCUCGCCGUUGCUUGGCAAUCACGUCGUAGCAAGUUCACCAACUGCCGAUUACUUCAAUUUUCCUGGUCCUCCAAUAGCCCGCGGAGAAAACGUGAAUGGUCUUCGAUCACACAAACCCCAGUCAAAAUCUCCUUUGAUAGGGAGUCAAGACAGCUCUACGCCUUCACCAAUGAGCCCUCCCUUGCCAAGAAUCCAAUCGCAAAGAUCAUCGCCAGCCCUACAGCAAAAUUCACAGAAUCUUUUGAGGACGCCAAUUGAGAAGAGCAUCUUACACACUCGGAAAAUUUCUACAGCUUCGAAAGGAUCAGACGGCCUAAAUACUGCAGGAGUCUCGCAGGCGGCAGGAAUUUUCAGACGAAGACCCUCUCUAAAUGAUCCUCCUACAUUGUAUCCAGAGGCACCUCGAGCGUUUCACGCAGUUUCACCGCCGCCUGCGCUAAUUAAUUCAUCAUUGCCAAAGCCGAUGCGUCCAGCUGAUCCAGCUCCGAAGUCUUUUGAAAGACCGAGGUGGUGGCUUCGCAACAAGUCAGACCGGCGACAACCGACUCAACCUGCAGUUCGAGAGGGCAGUCUCGAUCCAAGUGCUUUCGAUAUAGCCCCUAGCUCUGCAAAGUUGAACAUCAAAAAGCCAAAAGCAGGUGCAAGGAAUUGGUUUGACGGGCUCGAUGAGGAUGAUGUGAUCGUAAACCCGGGAGCGAAAGCUGUGCAGAUGGAGCCAGAAAAAUCUUUAGCCAACAUAUCCGCUGAUGAGAAGACGCGUGACCCCAUAUCCCCGCCUCUUCCCAUGGAAUCAUCUCCAGCAGAACCAGACUUCGGGAUCAAUAAUUCUUUUUUGAGCGAACGCAACUCAUCGGGCGCAAUUUCAACGUUCGGAAGCAGUCCGUCUGCGGACAGCCGUAUCACUUCUGUGAUAUCAAAGCCGGAUAUACAUUCGCGGACUCGGAGGACGACAAGCCCCGGUAAAAGCCUCCGGUCCUCAGCUAGUUGCAAAGGAAGUCUUGCAGGCAUUGAUUUGAAGACUCAAAGUGUACUCAAUCUCUCCUCUUCAGAUGAUGAGGAUGAGGGGCCCUCGACGGUAUCCAGGGAGCUCUCUGUUCGGAAGCAUCGUAUUCGGGCGAGUGUAGAGCGAGCUGAUUACGGCGACGACAUUCUUGUGGGUAACGCACAACGAGUGCAACCUGCAAAACCGCGUCCAAUCGUCAGCAAAGCUUCUCGCAGACGGUCGCCUCGGCGAUCGAGAACCCCCGAUGCGAUUCCACCAGUCCCACAGGUCCCCCUGCGUGCUCCGCUCAACAGUAGGAACAGCAGCCUUCGCUGGCGUGAUGUGAUUGAAGAGAAAAGUUCCUCUACAGACGUCGGAGGGGACAGCACCCUAGAAAGCGGUUCCAAUGGCGAGACGCCCCUGACGACCCCGCUCUCUGCAAGAACAUCUAUGUCCGGCCACAAAAAGCCUCCCUUCCGAGGCAGCAAAUUGAUGAAAGUCACAUCUGAAGAAGAGCGCCUCCUGGAAGCAAUGCGUGAGAAACGUGCUUCUAUCCGCGCUAGCGACAUACGGAAAGACGAUCUUAACUCCUACGUAUCGCGCCCAAGGACCUCGGGUGCCUCGACCGGCCGCGCUUCAUUCCAGCGCUCCUCCUCCCUCUAUGAUUCCCGCUACAGCAUCAGCAACAGCAGCAAGAAGUCCUCCAGAACAUCCGUGUCCCCAAUCCCGAUACUCUCAAACGCUCGCUACGCCCCCUCGGACAUGUAUCAAAACCUCAAUUCGAUACGUAUGAGUAAUAGGAAGAGCAUGAGCGCCGACGAUUUGUUCCUCGAUCUCGAAGACAAAAGCGAGAGAGACGUCGAAGAUGGUAAUAUAGCAUUCCCGUUUCCUCCUCAAGCACUUCCAGGCAUCAUCCCGCGAUCUACACAACAGAGACCGCAGCAGAAAGACGUCAGUCCACCAAGAACCUCACCCGGGCUGAGCUUCGGUGGCAGUAGUGAUGCAGUACCUAGCACGCCCAGCACAGCGAAUAUGCCUUUGACUCCACCGCCGUUCAUGCCACUGCCGCCUGUGCCUGGAGAGGGACAGGUGGGCUUGGCGAGGACGUUCAGUACUGGGAGUAGAUACAGGAAGGAGAAAGGGCAUGAUAGAAAGAGAACUGUAAGCAGUGGGGUGGUUAUGUUAGAUGGAGUGGAGGUCGCUGCACAGGAAGCAGAUGAGGAGAGGGAGAUUGUCGGAUGGGCGCUUGAGAGUUACUAA